AUGUAUGCUGUGACUAUUAGUGAUGAGGGUGACUGUUACCGGUGUUUCCCGCCUGACCCAGGCAUAGAGGCUGCUGCGCUAGGUACUUGUGAGGCUGCUGCUCUAGGUGCCAGUGCGUCUGCUGCCCCAGGUGCCGGUGAGUUUGCGCUCUCAGGUGCUGCGUCGCCCCCGGACACCCACACCUUCACCCUUGACUCGGGUGCUUCCCGCUCCUUCUUUCGAGACUGCACCACUCUCACACCGCUCAGUCGGCCUGUUGCGGUCUCCCUAGCGGACCCCUCUGGGGGUCCUGUCCUUGCUCACUACUCCACUGUCCUACCGUGUCCAGCGGUCCCGUCUGGCUCCCUGUCGGGUCUCUACCUCCCCUCGUUCUCUACGAACUUGGUGGCGGGUGCUGACCUCCAGGAUGCAGGAGUUGACCAGUUCACCCCUGCGCGUCAGCGGGUGACCCACUGCACUUGUGCGGACACGGGCCGCCACUUGGCCACGUUUGCUCGUCGGCCAGGGUCGAGCCUGUACACACUGACUACUGAGUCUUCCCCAGUCACUGAGUCUGCUCAGGUAGCCGCGUCGGGUCAGGUGUUUGCUGCGGCGUCCAGGUCUGGUCCUGAGUCUGCCCCCUGCUCGUGUCGUCUCCUGUCUCACCGGACUCUCCUCUGGCACCACCGUCUUGGUCACCCCUCCCUGCCUCGCCUUCGAGGCAUGGCUUCCCGUCUUCUUGUUUCUGGUCUCCCCCGGUCCCUCCCUCCUCUUCCUCCGGGGCCUGCCCCCACCUGCGUUCCCUGCGUCGAGGGGCGGCAGCGCGCUGCUCCUCACUCCUCCGAGUUUCCUCCGACAGAGGCUCCGCUGCAGACGCUUCACAUGGACGUGUGGGGCCCAGCCCGCGUCCGUGGGCAGGGUCAGGAGCGCUACUUCCUGCUGGUGGUUGACGACUACUCGCGUUACACCGCAGUCUUCCCCUUGCGCAGCAAGGGUGACGUCACUGAGGUGUUGAUCGCCUGGAUCCGCGCAGCUCGUCUCCAGCUCCAGGAGAGUUUCGGCUCCGACUUUCCUGUUCGGCGUCUGCACUCCGACCGAGGCGGAGAGUUCUCCUCUGACCUUCUGCAGACCUUCUGUCGCACACGAGGCAUCCGCCAGACCUUCACGCUUCCGGACUCUCCGCAGCAGAAUGGGAUUGCUGAGCGCCGCAUCGGCAUGGUCAUGGACGUCGCUCGUACGUCCAUGAUCCAUGCGGCUGCUCCCCAUUUUCUGUGGCCGUUUGCGGUUCGGUACGCGGCGCAUCAGCUCAACCUUCACCCCCGGGUCUCCAUGCCGGAGACCUCCCCUGCUUUGCUGUGGACGGGGAAGGUUGGUGAUGCGUCGCGUUUUCGGGUCUGGGGAUCUAGGGCGUUUGUCCGCGACUUGUCUGCGGACAAGCUGUCCUCUCGUGCUGUUCCCUGCGUCUUCCUUGGCUUUCCCCCUGACGCGCCAGGCUGGCAGUUCUACCACCCCACCUCGCGCCGUGUCUUCGCGUCCCAGGACGUCACCUUUGACGAGUCGGUUCCCUACUACCGUCUCUUCCCCUACCGCACUGCGUCCCUCCCUCCCCCGCCGCUCUUCCUUACACCAGGCCCCCCUCCAGUAGACCCCCUCCCCCCUCAGGGUCCUGCUCCCUCAGGUGUGUCCCAGGUAGAUGCAGUUGAGCCAGUCGAGGUAGCUGUUGACUCUGGUACUGCUGGUGGUGCUGAGCCUGGGGGUGCUGGGUCUGGGGGUGCUGCGACUGGGGGUGCUGGGUCUGGGGGUGCUGCGACUGGGGGUGCUGAGCCUGGGGGUGCUGAGCCUGGGGGUGCUGAGCCUGGGGGUGCUGCGCCUGGGGGUGCUGCGCCUGGGGGUGCUGAGCCUGGGGGUGCUGAGUCUCGGAGUGCGGAGCCUGAGAGUGCUGGACCUGCUCGUCCGGCGUCUGGUGGUGCUGAGCCUGGCGGUUCCUCCGGUGCUUCGUCCCGGCGGGAGCUGCUCUCUCCACAGGAGCUGCGUGAGUGGUUCGCCCGGCGCUGGCGACGUGCUGCUGGAGCUGGUGGUGCUGCAGGAGCUGGGGGUUCUACUGCUGCUGAGAGUGCUGGUGCCGAGGGUCCCAGAGGUGCUCGUACCGAGUGUACUGGAGCUGCUGACCCUACGAGUGCUCCUCCUGCUGGAGCUGGUGGUGCUGCUGGUGUUGCUGGCGCUGGAGCUGCUGGUGCUGCUGGAGCUGCUGGUGCUGCUGGUGCUGCUGGUGCUGCUGGUGCUACUGGCGUUGGUGCUGCUGGAGCUCCUGGAGCUGGAGCUGCUGCGUCUUCGGGUGGUCCGGCUGGAGCUGGAGCUACUGGGGGUGUUGGCGCUGGGGGUGCUCCUGGCGCUGGUGCUGCUGGGGGUGCUGGAGUUGGAGCUGCUGGAGUUGCGGGUCUUCCUGGUGCUGGUGCUCCCGCUGGGGGCGCUGGUGCUGUUCCUGCUGGCACUGGUGGAGCUGCGCGGCCGCGGCCGUACUUCGUUCCGCUCCUUGAGCAGGUUCUUGGUCUUCCGUCCUCUCUUGGUCCUGCUCCUGCCUUAGAGUGUCCGCCUCCUGUCCAGUCUGAGUCACAGUUACAGCCACCUUCCCCGCUUCCUUCUCCUUCUCCCUACACUGGUCCUACUGGAGGUCUUGUUGAGCGUCGUGAGCCUGCGUCUCGCCCUGCGUCGCCUGUCCGUGCUGCUCGCACUAGUGGUCGUGGUUCGCGUCAGCGUCCUCCCCCUGUCCCCGGCACGCACCGGAUGUCUCUGCGUCCUUCCACUGCUCCGCUGCGUGCCCCUUUGCCCUCUCCUCCAGCGUCCUCUCUUCCUGAGCUUCCUGACCCGGAGUCGGACUCCCUUCGUGCUGCGCGUCCUACUGUCACGCGUCUCCUUGCUACUGUCGUCACUGACCCUUCCUUUGAGUCUACUGCUGCGUCUGCCCUAGUUGCUGAGCUUGUCGACUUCGCUGCUCGCUGUCGCCUAGACUACGCUACCAGUCUCGUCGCUGAGUCUGAGUCUGUCUGUCCUCCGUCCGUCGGGGGUGAGUGUGCUCUUGGCACGGACGUCCUAGAGGACAGGCAGGAGGAGUUCCAGUGCUUGGCUGCUGUUUCACCUCAUCUCGUGUCCAUGCUGCUUGCCCCUGAGGGAGACCCGGAUGCACUUGACAUCCCGACUCCGCGCUCUUACGCGGAGGCGAUAGAGGGUCCCUACUCCUCUCAGUGGCAGGCAGCCAUGGACGCAGAGAUGGCUUCCUGGAAGUCCACAGGCACCUACGUUGACGAGGUUCCCCCGCCUGGGGCGAACAUCGUCAGUGGCAUGUGGAUUUUCAGGGUGAAGCGGCCGCCGGGUUCUCCGCCUGUCUUCAAGGCGCGUUACGUGGCUCGUGGUUUCAGUCAGCGGCAGGGAGUUGACUACUUUCAGACCUUCUCCCCCACCCCGAAGAUGACCACUCUUCGGGUACUGCUGCACAUAGCUGCUCACCGAGACUACGAGCUGCACUCUCUUGACUUCAGCACUGCUUUCUUGCAGGGCAGCCUUCACGAGGAGAUCUGGCUGCGCCGCCCACCUGGCUUCACUGGGACGUUUCCUCCUGGCACCCAGUGGAGCCUCCGGCGGCCAGUCUACGGUCUCCGCCAGGCGCCUCGUGAGUGGCACGACACACUGAGGACUACACUUGCGGCCCUUGGGUUUGCUCCUUCUACUGCCGACCCGUCGCUGUUUCUGCGCACCGACACUUCUUUGCCGCCGUUCUACAUCCUCGUGUACGUCGACGACUUGGUCUUUGCUACAGCUGACACUGCUGGACUUGCCUACGUGAAGUCCGAGCUGCAGAAGAGACACACGUGCACAGACCUGGGUGAACUGCGCAGCUACCUUGGCUUGCAGAUCACCAGGGACAGAGCACAGCGCACCAUUACCCUGACUCAGUCACAUAUGGUGCAGCAGGUCCUUCAGCGCUUCGGCUUCACGUACUCCUCGCCUCAGGCCACUCCUCUGCCUACGCGCCACUCGCUCUCAGCUCUGCCUUCGGAUGAGUCCGUAGAGUCGAGUGGCCCGUACCCAGAGCUUGUCGGCUGCCUCAUGUACCUGAUGACCUGCACUCGACCUGACCUUGCAUACCCUCUUAGCAUUCUGGCACGCUUUGUUGCUCCUGGGAGACACAGACCAGAGCACAUGGCUGCAGCGAAGAGGGUGUUGCGCUACUUGUGCAGUACGUCGGGCAUGGGGCUUGUGCUUGGAGGGCAUAGUUCAGUGGUCCUCACUGGUCACGCAGACGCUUCUUGGGCUGACGACCAGGCUACGCAGCGGUCGUCACAGGGUUACACCUUCAGCCUUGGUUCCGGCUCUGUUUCUUGGCGGUCUACCCGCUCGUCUUCUGUUCUCGGCUCCAGUUGUGAGGCUGAGAUCUACGCAGGGGCCAUGGCUGCACAGGAGCUACGCUGGCUCACCUACCUGCUGACUGACCUGGGAGAGCCGCCUCGUUCUCCUCCAGUGCUGUACGUAGACAACAAGGCCAUGCUGGCCUUGUGUCAUGAGCACAGACUGGAGCACAGAACGAAGCACAUCGCUCUCCGCUACUUUCUUGCUCGUGAGCUGCAGCAGCGUGGUCAGCUGCGCCUUGCUUACGUGGCCUCUGAGGCCAACACUGCUGAUAUCUUCACUAAGGCACUCGCGCCUUGUGAUCAUCAGCGCUUCUGCACUCUGUUAGGUCUUGUACCUACCUUGCCUCACUUGCUUACUUCUUGA